AUGUCCUCAAAGUUACAAAAAUCAUCACUAUUGAGUUUAUGCAAACAAAGGAAGGAGAUUAUUAAAGCUGCUAAGUAUUGUAGGUAUGAUUUAGCUUCAUCCUUUGAUAUAUAUUUGGAAUCUCUUUUGAAGCUAGGAAAUUCCCUUAACCAAUAUGUUGAACAAGAUUUUGUGAUCUUUGAUCAUUCUUGUAUUAACUUGGAAUUUCCCUCUGAUGAUUCUGAUUUUGAUCACUUACACUUUGAUGACGACGAGGAAGAAGAAGAAGAACUAAGUAAUGUUGAUUUUAAUUUGGAAUCAAAUGAUGAAUCGAUCCAUGCUUGUAACCACCGUGCUUCCGAUGGAACCAACAUGAGAAAUAGUGGGAAACCAAGAGUUCAGUUUGAGAAUACAACUCAAGCACAGUUUAAUUUACAUCAUGGUGAUAAUAUUCAUCAUAAUAUUCAUCAUAAUAUUCAUGAUCAUAUGCAUAUGUCACAUCAAGAUUUUGGACACUAUGAGCAUAGUCAAAGGAAGGAAAAUAUACAAAGGGUUCAUAGGUAUGAACAUUAUGGUUCCAAGCCUUUUCCAAUGGUUGUGUCUCCUAAACAUAAUGUUGCUGCCACUUUCGCACCACCUCCUGCUCCUCCUCCGCCGCCUAAAGCUUAUAAUUGGGAUUUGCUAUAUCCGUUUAACAUGAAUUACGAAGUUCCUAAUUAUGAUCGUCGUGAUGAGGAUGAGAGAAAAAUAAGGGAAAGAGAAGGGAUUCCUGAUUUAGAAGAUGAAAGUGAACUAAGUUCAAAUUUGUCUUCUAAUGCUAAUUACAAUGCUGCAGGACUAAAUUCUAAUAGGGAUUCAUUUUCAUCAAAUGAAGAAGAAAUUAAGCGUAACUUGGAGCCUAAGAUAACAAUAGAGGAAUGUGAAUCUUUGAGUGGUGUUCCUACACCAGUUUCUAGUAGGACAUUGAGUAUAAAGGAAGCAGUACUUGAUAUAAAGAGUGAUUGCAAACAUAUAUAUGAUUGUGGAAGAGAAUUUUCAUUGAUUAUCGAGGCAGGAAAGAUACCGUAUCAUUCUGUCAGCACCGAAUUAAGAGCUUUUGCCGCUUGUGUUCUCGUGAGGAUACUCCCUUCAAUACCGUCGUGUUUGCACCCUUCAUACAUGCCACAAAAGCCAGCUCCUAGAACAAAGAAGUUGUCCAAAGCUAAGAUGCAAAACAAUCAAGAUCAUACAAAAAUUGGUCACCUUUCAUCAACUUUGGAGCAACUUUAUGCGUGGGAAAAGAAACUUUAUGAAGAAGUUUUGGGUGAAGAAAAACUUAGAAUUCCUUAUGAUAAGCUGCAUAAGAGGCUAAAAAAAUUGGAUAAGAAUGGUGCUGAGUCAGAUAAGAUUGAUGAUACUCUUGAUUCGAUCAAACUUAUACAAUCGGAAAUUAAUGUAGCUGUUAGAUCAAUCAGUGUGAUAUCAAGACAGAUAAAUGAGCUAACAGAUGAUAAACUGCUUCCUGAACUGAAUAAAUUGAUUGAUGGCUUAAUUGGAUUAUGGAAGACUAUGAGUACAUGUCAUCAGAAACAAUUCCAAGCUAUCAACAAAUCCAAAAGUCAUGUACAUAUAUUAGAUCCUUCAAAAAAGAAAAAGUCAAGCACAAAAGCUACUAAGAGACUGGAAAAAGUGAUUUUGAAAUGGGGUAAGAGCUUUAAUAUUUUCAUCAACAAACAGAAGACCUUAGUGAAAUACUUGAAUGCUUGGCUACAAAAGUGUACUCUCCAAGAAACUGAAGAUAAGAAUAAUCCUUCAUUGCAAGGUGAUUUAAGAGCUCCUCCUAUUUUUGGAGUUUGUAACAAUUGGUACAAUGCAAUUAACAAAGUUUCACAAGUUGAAGUCACUAAAGCCAUCAACAACUUUGCAUCAAACUUGCAUAAGUUAUAUGAGAAGCUAAAAGAGGAAAAGAAGUUGAAAGUUAGAGUGAAAUAUCAAUUUAAAGAUUAUAAGCAAAGGUUUAGAUCAUAUUACAAGGAUAGAAUCAAACCUCAGAAUUAUCACUCUUUUAUCAAAAUGAAGGCCUCAACAGAUUUUGAUGAAGAUGAAAUUCCACUGCUGAAUGUAUCUGUUCAAAACUUAACAAUAUCAAGAAAAAGAUUGAUUGAAGAGAGAAGGAAACACCAACAAGUUGUUAAAGAUGCUAAUGAUAUAUCUUCAUGUUGUUUCCAAGAAGGUUUGACUCCAAUUUUUGAGGCUUUGUGGAAGUUUAGUGUGGAAAAUCUGAAAAUUUAUGAGCGGCUUAGAGUUUCAAACACUAUGCCUCAUCAGUAA